UCGGCCAGGUAGCCAAUGGGAAGGUCCGUCUUUGGUGACGUUUUGCUCUAAUAAAAUGGCCGCGUCUGACAUGUAAAUAAACCCGCCUAGCUGAAAGGAUGAAGCUGCUUGUGAAGGUGGCGCAGUCUGCUAUGAAGCAAAAAGACACGAGCCGGAGACAUUUCUGGGGCUGGCUCAAUGCUGUUUUCAACAAGGUGGACUACGAACGCAUCAAGGCCGUGGGUCCCGACCGGGCGGCGUCCGAGUGGUUGCUGAGGUGCGGCGCCAAGGUGCGAUUCCUGGGUUUGGAUCGCUGGCACGGGGACUACAACGCGCUACCCACUGGGCCGCUGGGGCGCUUCAAGAUCCAGGCCAUUGAUGCCACCGACUCCUGCAUCAUGUACCGGGGCUUCGACCACCUUGAGGGUUUGCAGCACGUGGAGGAGGUGAAGCUCCGCAAGUGCAUCUACAUCGAGGAUGCGUGCUUGGAGCGGCUCAGCUCACUGGAGAACCUGCAGCGCAGCAUCUUCAUCAUGGAGGUGGUGUCGUGCGGGAACGUCACUGACAAGGGCCUCGUCGCUCUGCACAAACUCAGAAAUCUGGAGUACCUGUUCCUCAGCGACCUGCCUGGUGUCAAAGACAAACAGAGCACGGUGGAACGUUUAAAGACUGCACUCCCACGUCUUGAUGUUCAUGUGGACCUGAACUAAAAAAAAACAAACAAACAACAACUAAG